ACCACAGCUUCUGGUGACAUCCACGUUACGAUGAGGUGAAACGGUUAUUUUCGUCCCAGCGUUUGUAUCUAGCAACCAUACGCUGAGGAACGAGACGUCACUCCAUCUUAUUUAACGCCGUGUUUCAGACGUACAUGGUGGCAAUAGCCCCUGAAAUCACUCCCGGAACGAGGGUUUGAUCUCUCACUUGGUUUUCUUGGAAUUUAUCGCCAUGCUAUCAUCUGUCCCCACCAGGCUAAUAGCUCGAAGGUCGCGGAGCCUGUCACCGUGCAGUCGCGUGCUCCAGACCAGCGUCAACGCUUCCGCAAGCCAAGGCGUCCGCGAGACACCGGCGGAGACCAACCGCAACCCUAUCGUGACCACCUCCCGGGUCUCCAGAAGAGGACUUUUGUCUGAGGAGGCUGCUGCCACCAAGGUAAACCCAUCGGUGCAGUACCAUCACCUCGCCCCAAGAUGGCUGUCCAACCUGGAGAACCGCCGCAGCUCAUGGGCCGCUCUGGCCAGCAGAGGGCGCAACAACAACCAGUACUGGGAGGAGAGCCAGCGGACGGAAGGGGGUGACGGCCGCGGGACAGGGGGAAGAGAAGGCCGCGCAGGUUUGGCCUCGGCCGGCGUCCUGUCCGCCGCAGCGGUGGCUUUCUGCCUGAGGAAAGACUCUGACAGCAAAGGUGAUGCACUUCUGGAAGCGGCAAGGACCAAUAACUCCCAAGAUGUAGCCAGGCUGUUAAAGGAGGGUGUGGAUCCAAAUCAUCGCCAUCGCCUGGGCUGGACUGCUCUCAUGGUGGCUGCUAUGAACAGACAGCACAGUGCCGUGAAGGUUUUACUUGAAGCCGGGGCUGACCCAAAUGCCGGCGACGACUUCAACAAUGUUUAUGACACCUCACGGGAGAAAGGCAUUCACUCACUGGAAGUCCUGGUGUCCAGAGAGGAUGAGUUCAGCAGCAGGCUCAGCAGCCGGGCUGGUUUCCGGGGAUGCACUGCGCUUCACUACGCCACGCUGGCUGAUGAUCCACACGCUGUCCGCAUGCUCCUGGAGGCUGGCGCCAACCCCCUGCAGACCAACGGUUUGGGCCACACUGCCCGGGCCUACGCUAAGGAGGGAGAAGUGGGUGCGGCCCUGCUGGAGUGGGAGGGCAAGUUCAAGGAGUUGCAGGCCCGGCGGGAGGCAGAGGAAAGGAGGAGGUUCCCCCUGGAGAGGAGGCUGAAGGAGCACAUCAUCGGACAGGAGGGGGCCAUCAAUAUGGUGGCUUCAGCCAUCAGGAGGAAGGAGAAUGGUUGGUACGAUGAAGAGCAUCCUCUCGUAUUUCUCUUCCUCGGCUCAUCAGGAAUCGGAAAGACGGAGCUGGCCAAACAGGUGGCGCGCUACAUGCACAAAGACGUUAAAAAGGGUUUCAUCCGGAUGGACAUGUCCGAGUUCCAGGAAAAGCACGAGGUGGCAAAGUUUAUUGGCUCCCCGCCGGGUUACGUGGGGCACGAGGAGGGAGGUCAGCUGACUAAGCUGUUGAAGGCGUGCCCCAACGCCGUCGUCCUGUUUGAUGAAGUGGACAAGGCUCACCCUGAUGUGCUGACCAUCAUGCUGCAGCUGUUCGAUGAGGGGCGCCUUACCGAUGGUAAAGGAAAGACCAUUGAAUGUAAAGAUGCCAUCUUCAUCAUGACCUCGAACGCCGCCAGCGACGAAAUCGCCCAGCACGCUCUGCAGCUGCGGCAGGAAGCCGAGGAGGUCAGCCGCAGGAAGCUGGCCGACAAGCUGGGUGAGACAAACGCCCAGGUCCACGAGCAGCCCUACCUGUGGGGGCUCUCGUACUCACCGUCAUGUUUGGUUCUCCCUGCAGAGGAUGUCCAGAAAAGUGGCGACGUCACGAUCUCCCAGCAGUUCAAGGAGUCGGUGAUCCGGCCCAUUCUGAAGGCUCAGUUCCGGAGGGAUGAGUUCCUGGGUCGGAUCAAUGAGAUCGUGUACUUCCUGCCGUUCUGUCACUCGGAGCUGCUGCAGCUGGUCAGCAAAGAGCUCAACUUCUGGGCCAAAAAGGCUAAGCAGCGCCAUGACAUCACUCUACAGUGGGAUCGCCCGGUCCUGGACCUACUGGCAGGCGGGUAUAACUUGCAUUAUGGAGCGCGUUCCAUCAAACAUGAGGUUGAGCGGCGGGUGGUCAACCAGCUGGCGGCAGCGUACGAGCAAGAGCUGCUGCCCAAAGGCUGCACCUUACGCCUGACCGUCCAAUCAGAGGGCCAGGAGGAGCGGAGCAUGCCCAGUCUGCGCCUGCAAGUAGUGGGAGAGGACAGUUCAUCAAGAACACUGGACAUCCGCCCGCCGCUCAGCCCCGAUCACUAAUUUAUGACACAGUGCAGAAACAUCAUCAUCCAGUGUCAGGAGGAUGGAUGGUUGUUCCAAUAAAAUUACCUCCAGAGCAACACAUCACCGCCUCUCUGACUCAGUAAACCAUGCAGUAACGACACGCCAAAGUCCCCACAACAUGCUGUAAAAUAACUGCCAGCAGGAUGUUGGAAGAGGUCCAGAAAAAUAGAAAAGAUGCCACUUCAACAACUCUCUGCUCAACUCAUCCUGACCAUCCAACACGUGACUUCCACUCUUAUUCAUCACAUCUCUGCUCUGUGCUCGUGAUCACUGUUACAUAGCGAUAAGUUAAUGUUUACUUUAAAAUGUAGAGAAAAAAAAGCCAAAUUAUUUAUUGUAGAUACUAUAAUAAAUGGCCAUGAAAGGCCUCAGUGAAGGAGAAAAUAUCAUAAAAAAUAACAUGGAAGUGUCUUAUAAAGAAUAUACACAUCCAUUCAGAAUAUUUAAAGAAAAAGAUAGUUUGGUGUUUGUUGGUGUGGCAGCACAUAUCACUAAUAAAUAGAUUGGCACCAGCUGGAUUACACUGAUUGGUAACACUGCCUGCUUAUUUCAUUUUGACAAAGGAAUGUGCUGGAUGCAAAACUCCAAAAGAGGGGAAAACAGCAGUGACUUAGACUCCAUACAUUUGCCUUGCGAAUAGUUUCUGAUGAUGCCUGUGAAUGUAAAGAAGUGUCCUCUGUCCGUCUGUCUGGCUCUGGUGCUGUAACGUGUGUGUCCGCCUCACAUCCAACCCUAAAGAAAACGCGACGCGUUGCAUCAUAAAUGUUUGAACAGCAUGCUGACGAGGCACCCAGCGUAGUGGGGCGACGCUUCUCAUUCUUGUAUCCCAACCUCCACCGUGUAAAUAAAGCUGUCACCACAAACAGUGA